AUGAAGUUCAAGUUCAAAGAUCAUCAUACCUUUGAUCAAAGACACGCGAAUUCUACCAAAAUAAAGAAGACGUAUCCCAACAGAAUUCCGGUUGUGGUUGAACGGCAUCCAAAUUCACAGGUUACGGAUAUCGACAAGCACAAAUUUCUCGUACCGGAUGACAUCACGGUCGCACAAUUCCUGCGGAUUAUUCGGAAGCGGAUUUCACUAUCCAAAGAGAAAGCCCUUUUCUUGUUUGUCGACAAUACAAUACCUCAACCCAGCUACACUAUCGGACAGUUGUAUGCCGAAUGUCGAGACGAUGAUGGAUUUCUGUACGCUCACUACAGUGGAGAAAAUUCCUUCGGAUGA